AAACAGAUCAACAUCAUGGUAGUGGGGCAGAGCGGCCUAGGGAAGUCCACUCUGAUGAACACUCUGUUCAAGUCCAAGGUGAGCCGUAAGUCAGUGCAGGCCACGUCCCAGGAGAAGAUCCCCAAGACCAUCCAUAUCAAGUCUGUCAGCCACGACAUUGAGGAGAAGGGGGUGAGGAUGAAACUAACUGUUAUCGAUACGCCCGGCUUCGGGGAUCAGAUCAACAACGAGAACUGUUGGCAGCCCAUCAUGAAGUUCAUUAAUGCCCAGUAUGAGCAGUACCUUCAGGAGGAGAUCAACAUCAACAGGAAGAAGAGGAUUCCAGACUCAAGGGUUCACUGCUGUAUUUACUUCAUACCCCCUACUGGACACUGUCUGCGACCUCUGGAUGUGGAGUUUAUGAGGCGUCUCAGUAAGGUGGUCAAUAUUGUUCCUGUCAUUGCCAAGGCAGACACGCUCACCCUGGAGGAGAGGGACUUCUUUAAACAGAAGAUCAGGGAAGAGCUACGGGCCAAUGGGAUCGACGUGUACCCCCAGAAGGAGUUUGACGAGGACGCAGAGGACCGGAUGAUUAAUGACAAGAUCAGGGAGAUGAUCCCGUUUGCUGUGGUGGGCAGCGACCAGGAGUACCAGGUCAACGGCAGGAGGCUUCUGGGAAGAAAGACAAAGUGGGGAACCAUAGAAGUUGAGAACAUUGCUCAUUGUGAGUUUGCCUAUUUGCGGGAUCUACUGAUUAGGACCCACAUGGAGAACAUCAAGGACAUCACCAGCAGCAUCCACUAUGAGGUGUACCGCGUCCGCCGCCUCAAUGAAAACAACACCGCCGUCGCCCAUGCCAACGGCCUCCCCCAACACCACAUGACCUCCCAUGAGAUGUAGAGCCCUGCCCACCGUGUCCCAUGAGCCCUCGCUUCCCUCCGAAGCAGCUUCGAUCCUUCCAACCCGUGAUCCUUCCAUCCCUCUCUCCCCUCCACUCACUCUCAAUGCCAAACCCUUCUACAGAAGGGAGAAGACCCACACUGGGGGGACUGAGGAGUGUAGUCUUAUC